AUGGAUGUGCAAGUUCAAGAUACUGUAACUACUUUGUUACAGCAGUGGGAAUUACACCUCUGUAUAUGGUAUGUGUUAUGUUACAGCAUCAUAUCCGACGUCCUUGCAGAACUUACUACCAACGAUAUUGAUCAUUUAAUUCCUGCAGAACAAUUCGGUCUACGAAUUAAAUUUAGAAAAAAACUUUUUGUGUGGAAACAACUCAACGGAUUAACAACACCCCUGGCAAGUACAAUUACUGCAUCGAAUUCAUCAUCAUCAACAGUAAAUAAUUGGAUAAAUACUAAUAUAAUAGAUACAGAUGAAAAUGGUAAUCCUGAAAAUCAACCGAUCUUUAAGUUAGAAAAUCUCUUAUUAAAAUCGGUUAGUGGUCAGUUAAUUUUAUCAAAAUAUAAAGUUAGUGGAUUAAGUUCGAAAAAUCGAAAUAUCCUUACCACGAAAAUCGUGGAGGAUUGGUUAGCCAGUGACACAUCUGUAGAUCGCCAAUUGUGCCAAAAUGUCGCAAAGGAAAUAAAAAACCUAUUCCCAUUAGAAUUGGAGGUAACGUAUUUGGGUACCAAAAAACAACGGGGAAAACUAAUAGAAAAAUAUUAUUCCCUUCGAAAGAAGUAUAAGCAUUCGCUUUCUAUCGGACAGAAAAGAAAAACGGGAAACGUUACUGAUACCUCUAACGAAGCAGAUACUGAUGAAGAGACGUUUGACAUAAAUACAUUUAGCGAUUAUGAAUGGUUAAAAAACAACUACUCCCCAAACGAUAUAGUGUUUGAAAAGUGGAUAAGCACGUUUAAUGUUCGACAAAAAGACGUUCAUGACAAAUCAAUAGAUGUUUUUACAAAAUAGCCUAUUUUAGAACAAAACAUUGCUGUAGCACUGGUAAGUUGUUUCUUAGUUGUAGCAAAAUGUAUAAAAUCAUUAAAAUAACUUAAUUUUCAGAUUGAAUUAGAUUUUGAAAAAUUGCAUCCAAAACGAAACACACUAUUAUUUUCCAAGUGGGCGAUAUUUGAUACCUUUAUAAAAAAUAUAUACCAUAGAGAUAUAAAAGAUAAAAAAUCUCGCACACUUUUCAAUUUAUUACUGUCAUCUAACUUAAAUGAAGGUUUGUUUUGUAUUUUUUGGUUUGUUUUCUUAUUUAUAUAGACAUUUUAGAUUCAAAAAAUUACCUCUUAAUUAUAAAUCUGAAUGCCAUACUUAUUCCUGCUCUAAUUAAAACUGGACAAGACAUUUACAGACCAACAAUACUAGAUGGCCAAGAAAGUUUCGCCUAUUAUUUAAAGGUAUAUUUAAAAUUAAUUUCUUAUAAUUAUAAUUUCUUUUAUAGUUUGUGUUCUUGAUAAUAUAUGUAUUCUUUAUAG